CCAGCCUUUAACUUGUAGCUUGGGAAGUACCGAACAGCGCGUUAGAUCCUCGUCAUUAAACACAUCUGCAGCGUUUAAGGAGUGAAAAACGUUAGUCUUCGGUUGCCUGGAGUCUGCAGUGUGUCAGGUUCGCCAUGCUAGAGGACGAUGAUUUGAUGCCGGGUUUGAUAUCACAGCAGAUCCGUAGGAGCAGCGGUGAUGAGUUUGUUCCUCCUGAUGGACUCUGCUGGAUCUCUGUACUGUCCUGUUUACUGCUCGCAUGCUCCUAUGUUGGAAGUUUAUACGUCUGGAAAAGUGACUUACCAAGGGACCAUCCAUCAGUGAUAAAGAGGCGUUUCACUAGUGUGCUGAUUGUGUCAGCUUUGUCUCCACUCUUUGUGUGGGGAUGGAAAGAGUUCACAGGCAUUCAGCCUACUCCAUCCUUAUUAGCUCUCAUGGGAAUCCGAUUCGAGGGCCUCAUUCCAGCGGUCAUUCUUCCCCUCAUACUGACCAUGGUACUGUUUCUGGGUCCUCUUAUCCAGUUGGCCAUGGACUGCCCCUGGGGCUUUAUUGAUGGAAUCAAAGUGGCUGUUGAUCCGCGCUUCUGGGCGUUAUGUCUGAGUGACAUGCGCUGGCUGAGGAAUCAGGUGGUGGCUCCUCUAACCGAGGAGUUGGUGUUCCGUGCCUGUAUGGUACCCAUGCUGGUGCCCUGUGCUGGACCCUCAACUGCCAUCUUCACAUGCCCACUUUUCUUCGGUGUAGCACAUUUUCAUCACGUGAUUGAGCUCCUGCGGUUCAGACAAGGGACCAUCUCAGGAAUUUUUCUUUCUGCAGUGUUCCAGUUCUCAUACACAGCAGUAUUUGGAGCUUACACUGCCUUUAUAUUUCUCAGAACAGGUCACUUGGUAGGCCCUGUGCUGUGUCACUCAUUCUGUAACUACAUGGGCUUUCCUGCAUUGAGUUCAGCACUGGAACAUCCACAUCGCCUUACUGUUUUGUCCUUCUAUGUGCUGGGAGUUUUGCUCUUCCUGCUCUUCCUCUUCCCCAUGACUGACCCACUCUUCUACGGCUGGCCCACCCCCGUCUGCACUCUUGCCUCCUCACUCGGCUCCCUCUGCUCCUAAUUUUCCACAUUCCACAUUGUUCUGCUCUUCUUCAGGACGCGUGCCCUUUCGCACCUAACAGGUCACCUGUGUCACCAGGAUGUGCAGUGUAAAGAGGAUUACAAGGGCCCCAUGAAAAAAGGUAUGAAAACUCCCACACUGUGUCUGUGGGCAUGAAGUCUGUGUACUUACCAGAUCACCAGAAUUGCUCUUCCUGCAUGGAUCAGGCCGAUAACAUCAAUAAGUCAGACUCUGGAAGAGUUUUGAGAAGACGGGUAUUUAUACAUUGCUGCAUGUUCAUUGCGUUUAUAUGAUAAUAUAUUUGAAUCUGGGUUUAUUUGGAUAUAGUGUUUUUAUUAUUUUUUUGUUCCACUAAGAAGGGUUCAACACUGUAUGUUGUAUCACCACCGGGGAAUGGAUGACUUCUUUUUGUUUUUGAAUUCUCUUUGCUCAAAUUAACAUAUGCUGCUUUGUCCGGUGCUAGUACUUGAAGUACAAUGAUUAGAUCUGCCCUGAAACCUUUAGUUUUACUCAAAUGUUUAAAAUACCCUGUAUAGCAGGAUUUCGCUCAAGUUAAAUCUAGGGUUGUAAUUUGAAAAAUUUAUUUUAAGUCUUCUAUAUCACUUAGAUAAUAAGGCACAGCUUUAUGGCUAGAUAUAUUUGUAACUGACCUCAUGCCAGUCAGCUUAUGCCAUUUAAUUAUAGAUCAAUGCACAAAGGAAAGCUCUGCAUAGAGUCAAAGCUACCGUGUCUGUUUUUGUUACUUCAGACAGAUAUUUAUAAAUAUAAAUAUCUAUACCAGCUUUAUAAAAUUGCUAGUUAUAUAUUUGACUGUGCUUCUAUGAAGUCUGGAUAACCAUUAGGGGUGGUGUGGAACACCUGGAAACCUCCUUGUUCACAUGGGCAUUCAUGCCCAUAUGGGCAAUAAAGCCUUCUUAUGCUGGAACCUUCCCACUGAGCUGGUGCUGGUUCCAAACAAGGAACCCUGCUGGUUAUCCGUGUUUCAUAAAACCACAGUUAGAUGCGUAACUACCGUUUUAUUUCACCACUUCUGACAGCCAAGGGUGCUGUGAAACACCUGGAUAGCCUAUGCCAUAUAUAACAAUAUCAUGAUAGAGCGAAUAGUGACACCCAGGUAGCAGCAGUACGGACUUCUUGGCACAUCUCUUAAUAAUGCCUAUCGAGGAGACGUUCCUUAUAGAGUCGUAUAUCAUCUUAUGGUUGCCCAGACCCUCCUAUGGAAUUGAUUUUGAUACCACCCAGCCUCUGCUUAGGCAAGGGAGCCUCUCUGUUAUAACAAAUAAAUAUUGUCUGAGGAUCGGAUGAUUGGCAUCUAAAUGAAACCCUACUGAGAUGCCAUCUUUUGUUCAUAGUGAGGUGAGGCCAGUUGUGGGCCAGUAUAUCUGAUUGGGCUCUGGCUCUGCCAGGUAGAACCACAACCAACCAUGUGUUGACUUGGAAUCAGCAAAGUGGAUUCCCUGCAGCUUGUCACACCUUUCCUGGGUACCAAAUCUGGGCUAUCACUUUUGGGUGCAGAUGUACAGGCUGUCUUGACAGUGUGUCCACUUCACCAGCAUUGGCAGAUGAGUUGUCAUCAGUGAGGCCAGGCAGAUUUUACGCAAGACUGGGAGAGCUGCUCAACCCCUUGAAACCUUGAUGGCUUAUACUCUUGACCAUCCCAACAUUGUCUGAAUGGACCAACAUAUGACAUUGUCUCAGAACCAGCAUGACGAUUUUGAGGCCCAGAUGGAUCACAGUUCCGGCUGGUUGAUGUGUUUGUUGACGUUACGCCAGGGGGCCACAUGCCCCCUAUUAUCCUGUGGCAUAACAUCGCUACCAGCCUGUAAGUGAAACAUCUGUGCUGAAUACCUCUCUCCAGUGGUGUACCACCCCAUGUGGACAACUUCUUCUAGAAAUGCCCUUUGGCACCAGCAUGCAAAUGCUUCAAUUACUUUCUCUGAGACAAGGAUAUGUUUGUCCGUGGUGAUUUGGUCUAGCCGUUGGCUGAUAACCCAGUUGCACUCCAGGGGCAAGGGGUCACUUUUCACAGAUCCACAGAUGUGAACUAGUCUUGUGGCUGUAUGGCCUGAAGUCAUAAAGCUUGUCAUGCUUUUCAAAAAGGGGCGUUCUUUAUUAACUGGAAAUGCCAUUUGUAUCCUAGUGACAUAAGCAUCAGUAUUGGUCUGAUGUAGUUCGUGUCCAAUGAGCAAUAUUUUUAGCUAUAAAGCAUCACAUCGCCAGUCCCUGCAUUUCAGGUGCGUGCUCCACAAGUCUCUUUGGUGAGGGUGCAUGGGAUAGAUGAGGGGCACUUGGAUCUCCCUGCCUAAGGUUGGUGGGUGACAGAGGAUUCCUUUUUGGGCAUUGGAACACCUGCCACCAAAAAAGGAAGGCACAGGCUUCGUAAUCUUGAAAUCAAGUACGGCCACAUGGGUUAUUUGUGUGGCAUGCAUGAGGAGAUGGUUCACAUCACCCCUGCAGGUUAGGAGGGUUGAAAUGGAACCACUUUAUGCACAACUAGACCGAUUGCUUUUACAUGUUGUACAUAAGGAAAAGUAUAUUUUAUUGGUGUGAUCCUUAACCUGUAAUAGUGAGUUUACACUAGGUUUUGAUGCUCAAGCCAUUGAAAUGACAAAGAAAUAACACAAUUACAGUGUCAUAAUGACAUAUGACAUGUAUGGUCAUAGAAAAACAUAGGCCAGUAUUUCUUUUCUAACAAAUGAGUCAUCUUUGUCAUUCUGGUGGAACUCAGAAGAAAGUGUUUUAUUGUUUUGUGCAUGAUUGAAGAUGGAGGAAUCUCAUAUAAGCUGUUCUUCAUUAUGAAAUUUCACUCUGACCACUACUCUGCAUGCUGCUACUCUGCUAGCCUGUGGAUUUUGGAGCUGUACUGAAACUGACACACAUCAUUUGAUAUUGGCAUGAAAUUGAUCUGAUGCAGAAACUGAUUAACUUGUCAUAUGGUUUGUAGCUCAGCAUGGAAAGAGGCAGACUGGCGAAGCACAUUUGUUCGGAUCAUAUGGGUAAUGCUGAUCUUUUGCCUACAUGUAAAAUCUCACCAGGAAUCAGUCAGUUCUUAGUUGUUGUUUUUUUGUUUUUUUUUUAAUCCAAUAGAUUUUUAAUUGUUACAUUUGGAAAGAACUGAAUCAUUGUCUGAACUUGCCCAUGCUUAUUUAUUUACUAGAAAUUCACAAAAAUCACUUGUUCAAAUAGGUGCUAUAAUUUUGUUAGGCUAUUAUUAUGCUGUGAAGUGUGUAGUUAUUACUGCUGUGUAUGUCAAACUAUUCAAAUGAAACUUCUAGCAAUAAUAAUAGCUGUGACCAAAUCAGGGAUUUACAUGUAAUUCAGCUCCAUAUUUAGCCUUUAUUAGCUACUGCUGGAUCAUUUUCAUGAAAUGUGUCAUAGUUAAUUUGAUUAAAUAGUUAAAGCUUGGCUUGACAGCUUAAAAGUUUGAUCUAUGUAUCAUUAAGACCUGACAUGUUUACAUGUGGAGAAGGUUGCUUGAAAAUGCUGCUCUACAGUUUGCUGGAUAAUUGCUUUUCUGAUGGUAUCGGGUCAAAUGCAGCUUUUGCGCUACUACGCUUUUUUUUUGUAGGCCUCAGUCAUCAGAGUUGUAUCACAUAGUGCAUUUUAUUUGUAUUUGAACAGAGCCAUCAUUGAUGCUAAUGUUACCUCCUAGAGUAAAGAAAUAAGGCUAAUUGUAAACAGACAGCUAGGAGUUGGUGGGGGGAGGGGGCAAACUUUAUACUGUCUUAAACCUAAAGUAUUGUUUGCUAAAAAGGGUUCUAAAAUAUACUAAAAUGAACAGGGGGAGAAGAAGCAUGUCACUCCAGUGACUGAUUACCUGUGGAACUGAAUUGUUUCAGUACUUUUGUCUAUGCUCAGCGUGUAUCAGGCAUGGUCUCUUGUAGCAUAAUCUUAAGCUCUCCUUAGUGUUGGAAAACCUACUGUUCUUUAACUAAUGUAGCUUUCUGGGGUGGGACCUUUCUGAUCUUCUGUUCAAAACACUUCCUGUUGCAUAGUCUCAAAUCGAUUGGAAUACUUUGUUUGAAAAGUAUGUUCUUUUCUUACAUUAAUGUCCUCUGCUCAUUUGCUGUCUGGAUGGUUUUUUUUUGUUGUUGUUUUUUUUUUAAUUUCUUUUUUUCUUGUUACACUUUUAAAAAGUGAUUUGCAAGCUGGAUAUUUACAUCAGAAGAUUUGAAUCUUCACCUGAGCAAAGAUGCUUUUAAUAUACACCCACGGACAGGAGGAGCAAUAGACGUUAGAAGUUUAUUUUUUCAAAUACACACUGCUCCGUUCUAUUUCAGUAGGAUCACAGUAAGCAGGGUUUGGAUUGAGGAACACUGCUACACAAAUGUGCUGUUUUAUAACAAUUAUCAGUGGUUCAGAUGUUUAUAUUGAGGACUAUAUUUUAUAAUCAAAUGUAUUUUGGUGUCAGAGGAGGGGUAAUGUACAUGCAAGAUGUUUUUGACCAAUGACACGUGCAAUGCAGUUAACACACUGAAGGACAAAAAUAUUUUUUGACAAUCUUUUGGGGGUCUUUCAAAUCAUUCAUCAAAAACUGUUGUUUGCAAAUAAACCUAAUUUUAUAAAACACGUCAUGAAUCUUCGUUUUUUCCCCCCAAUAUGUCUUCUGGGAAAUAAGCUUUCAAGCAAUCUAAUAGUCUGCUUCUUCCUACUUUUAGAAAUAGUUGCAUGUGCUAUUGGCAUGUAGUGUAUUAUUUUACAUGUACGUUCAGGGACAGACCACUAGGUAGAGAUGUUGCAUUUCUUUUGCAGUAGAUAUGCAACGUUUCCAGAUGGAACAGCUUAGACUUGGAGUUUCAGGUUCCCUUAGUGAAUUGAGGUGCUCUUAAAAACCAAGGUUGCAGUAUAUAAUUGCAUGCCAAACAGGAUAUAUACUUCUAUAUACAUAAAAUGAACACUGAUACACAUGGACUCUCUUGCAGGCACUACACACACACACACACACCCCUUGAACCACAGGUAUGUCACAUUGAGAAACCUGCCUUGUAAUAGACAUUUUUAUAUAUUCCAAGAAGCAUAUAUGAAGGUCAUACUUGGUCAUGCAGGUCCUAUUGGUCAAUACUGAAAGGUAAAGACAUGCAGGUACAAAAGUAAUGCCAGUACACUGAUGAGGUCUUACAUGGAUGACAGCUCCUUCACUCCUACCACUAUUUCUGUCAAAAGAUUCUUUGUUGAAUUGUUUCAUGCUCAUGUGAUUCUUCUUCAGCACUCGUAGUGGAGAAGCUGACCAGGCCAAUGCUCUGAAAGGUUACCUUCAUCUUCUGGGAUUUAUUUCUGGAUCUCUUUUAGCUUUAUGACUUGGUUUGCUAGCACCACAUUGCAGAUUUCUGUCUGUUCUCU